UUUCCUCCGCUAAAAGGUAACGUGGUCGCUUGGCUGCUAAUACCCGGUUCAUCAUGUCGUCCCAUUUGCAGUGGAUGGUCAUCAGGAACUGCUCCAGCUUCCUCCUCAAGAGGAAUGGACAGACCUACAGCACUGAGCCAAACAAUCUGAAGUCCAGGAACUCUUUCCGCUUCAAUGGUUUGGUGCACAAGAAAACUGUCGGUGUUGAGCCAGCAGCUGAUGGCAAGGGUGUUGUUGUGGUGCUGAAGAGACGUGCAGGCCAGCACAAGCCUGCCGCAUCUUACGUAAAGGUCACCAUCAACAAGAACUCCCGUGCCACCCUCAACAGCCUGAGGCACAUUAUUCGCAAGAACAACUACAGGAAGGACCUGCGCAUGGCUGCCCUGCGUCGUGCCAGUGCCAUUCUGAAGAGCCAGAAGCCUGUUGUGGUGAAAAAGAAGCGCACCAGGGCUGUCAAGACAGCAUAAACAAAUACACAUGAAAAAUAAAUAAAAGCUUGUUUGG